CGUCCUGAGGCCGCGCCCAGACCCGGAAGCGGGGCCGUCACGUGGGGCGGCGUGGGCUGCUGCCUUGGAAACGCGGAGCGCGCGCUCCCAGCGAAAGCAGCCCGGCAGGGGUCUGCGUUGGAGGAAGGGACUGCUCCGGUGAUAGAAUGCUGUGCGUCGGAAGGCUGGGCGGCUUGGGAGCCAGAGCAGCAGCUCUGCCGCCCCGCCGGGCGGGCCGGGGAAGCCUCGAAGCCGGGAUCCGGGCCCGAAGGGUCAGCACCAGCUGGUCUCCCGUGGGCGCCGCCUUCAAUGUCAAGCCCCAGGGCAGCCGCUUGGACCUGUUCGGCGAGCGCCGGGGUCUUUUUGGAGUUCCUGAGCUGAGUGCCCCAGAAGGAUUUCAUAUUGCACAAGAAAAAGCCUUGAGAAAGACAGAAUUGCUUGUGGACCGUGCGUGUUCCACCCCACCUGGGCCCCAGACCGUGCUGAUCUUCGAUGAGCUCUCGGAUUCCUUGUGCAGAGUGGCCGACUUGGCUGAUUUUGUGAAAAUCGCUCACCCUGAGCCAGCAUUCAGAGAAGCUGCGGAAGAAGCUUGUAGAAGUAUUGGCACCAUGGUAGAGAAGUUGAACACAAAUGUGGAUUUAUAUCAAAGUUUGCAAAAAUUACUAGCUGAUAAAAAACUUGUGGAUUCCCUUGAUCCAGAAACAAGGCGAGUGGCUGAACUGUUUAUGUUUGAUUUUGAAAUUAGUGGAAUCCAUCUAGACAAAGAAAAGCGUAAAAGAGCAGUGGACCUCAAUGUUAAAAUCUUGGAUUUGAGUAGUACAUUUCUUAUGGGAACCAAUUUUCCCAACAAGAUUGAGAAGCAUCUCUUACCAGAACACAUUCGUCGUAACUUUACAUCUGCUGGGGAUCAUAUCAUAAUUGAUGGUCUCCACGCAGAAUCGCCAGAUGACUUGGUGCGAGAAGCUGCUUAUAAAAUUUUUCUUUAUCCCAAUGCUGGUCAAUUGAAAUGUUUAGAAGAAUUGCUCAGCAGCAGAGAUCUUCUGGCAAAGUUGGUGGGGUAUUCCACGUUUUCUCACAGGGCUCUCCAAGGAACGAUAGCUAAAAAUCCAGAGACUGUCAUGCAGUUCCUUGAAAAACUAUCUGACAAACUUUCUGAAAGAACUCUGAAAGAUUUUGAGAUGAUACGAGGGAUGAAAAUGAAACUGAAUCCUCAAAAUUCCGAAGUAAUGCCCUGGGACCCCCCCUACUACAGUGGUGUGAUUCGUGCAGAAAGGUAUAAUAUUGAGCCCAGCCUAUAUUGCCCGUUUUUCUCUCUUGGAGCAUGCAUGGAAGGCCUGAAUAUUUUGCUUAACAGACUGUUGGGGAUUUCAUUAUAUGCAGAGCAGCCUGCAAAAGGAGAGGUGUGGAGCGAAGAUGUCCGAAAACUGGCUGUCGUUCAUGAAUCUGAAGGAUUGUUGGGGUACAUUUACUGUGAUUUUUUUCAGCGAGCAGACAAACCACAUCAGGAUUGCCAUUUCACUAUCCGUGGAGGCAGACUAAAGGAAGAUGGAGACUAUCAACUCCCAGUUGUAGUUCUUAUGCUGAAUCUUCCCCGUUCCUCAAGGAGUUCUCCAACUUUGCUAACUCCUGGCAUGAUGGAAAAUCUUUUCCAUGAAAUGGGACAUGCCAUGCAUUCAAUGCUAGGACGUACUCGUUACCAACACGUCACUGGGACCAGGUGCCCUACUGAUUUUGCUGAGGUUCCUUCUAUUCUGAUGGAGUACUUUGCAAAUGAUUAUCGAGUAGUUAACCAAUUUGCCAGACAUUAUCAGACUGGACAGUCCUUUCUGGCAGUCUGUGAAGUUGACGGUUGGUACCUAGUUGUCCACACUGUAUGGACUAACUGCCUGGCUACCUUAGACUCAGCCAGGCCACUGCCAAAAAAUAUGGUGUCUCGUCUUUGUGAAUCUAAAAAGGUUUGUGCUGCAGCUGAUAUGCAACUUCAGGUCUUUUAUGCCACUCUGGAUCAAAUCUACCAUGGGAAGCAUCCCCUGAGGAAUUCAACCACAGACAUUCUCAAGGAAACACAAGAGAAAUUCUAUGGCCUACCAUAUGUUCCAAAUACUGCCUGGCAGCUGCGAUUCAGCCACCUCGUGGGGUAUGGUGCUAAAUAUUACUCUUACCUCAUGUCCAGAGCAGUCGCCUCCAUGGUUUGGAAGGAGUGUUUUCUACAGGAUCCUUUCAACAGGGCUGCCGGGGAGCGCUAUCGCAGGGAGAUGCUGGCCCACGGUGGAGGCAGGGAGCCCAUGCUCAUGGUUGAAGGUAUGCUUCAGAAGUGUCCUUCUGUUGAUGACUUCGUAAGUGCCCUCGUUUCUGACUUGGAUCUGGACUUCGAAACUUUCCUCAUGGAUUCUGAAUAACAGAAACACUCUACACCUCUUAAAUCAAGGUCAUGUAGAUAAUGACUUUGUUAUAAAUGCUACAGCUGUGAGAGCUUGUUUCUGAUUUCAUUGUUCACUUCUGUAAUUCUGAAAAACUUUAAACUGGUAGAACUUGGAAUAAAUAAUUUGUUUUAAUUA